CACAACAGAGCCCAAGCAAGACAGUCAAAAUAGAUAAAAACAUCACAUGGCUAGAUCUGUCUUUACCCCAUUUAGCUCUCCAUAAUUGCGCUGUUUCUUCCCUUCUCAUUCUGCCAUCCAACACCCUCAAUUAUCUAACAUGGAUCCAAACUCCAUUUUCAUUUUCUUUUGAUCUUUUUUUUUUUCUUUCAAAUUUUCUUUAAAACCAUAUUUUUUUUCUUCUUUUUCUCUCUUUAAUAGCUCAUAUAAUUAUUGGGUUCCACACCCUCUUCAAAGUUGAAUUCUAUCUUCAUCUUCUUGUCUUCUCCCUCACACUUUUCCAUACAAAUCUUUACACUAAGCUUUCACUCUCUCUUCCUUUCUCUCUCUCUCUCUAUUUGCACUGUACCCAGAUCUUAAUUAAUUCUAAAUUCUCCGUCUCUCCUGCAUUUUCAUAAGUUCUUAGUAGUCCAAAGUCUAAACCUGGAAAAGAUCGUAACUUAGUAGAAAUGAAUAACACCCAUAUGAUAAUACUGAUCCUUGGAUUGACUUCAGUUACUCUGUUAAUCAGUCUCAUUCUAGUACUCUUUCUUCAUUUUAAAAUAAUGGCAAAGAAUGGCAACCAUGACGUAGAAAGCCCUGAACAGAGGAAUGGAGAGGAAACAGAAACAGAGGACUUGGUGAUAUUUCAAGGUGGGCAAGACCUUACAAUAGUUGACAUUCUUGAUGCUCCAGGGGAGGUGAUAGGAAAAUCUAACUAUGGUACUUUAUACAAGGCGUUGUUGCAGAGAAGCAACUGUGUAAGGCUGCUUAGGUUCUUGAGGCCAGUUUGCACUGCAAGGGCUAAAGAUUUUGGGCAGGUGAUAGAGUUGUUGGGUUGCAUUAGACAUCCUAACUUGGUGCCUCUUUUGGGGUUCUAUGCAGGGUCUAGAGGGGAAAAGCUUCUCGUUCAUCCAUUUUUUAGACGUGGCAAUCUGGCUCAGUUCAUUAGAGAUGGAAAUGCUGACUCUCACAAAUGGACAAUCAUUUAUAGGAUAUCUAUUGGCAUAGCCAAAGGAUUGGAUUAUCUUCAUACAGGAUUGCAGAAGCCUAUAGUUCAUGGUAAUUUGAAAUCCAAAAACAUAUUGUUGGAUGGGAGUCACCUACCAUUCAUAUCAGACUUUGGCCUGCAUCUACUCUUGAAUCCUACAGCUGCACAAGAAAUGCUAGAAGCUUCUGCAGCUGAUGGUUACAAAGCUCCUGAGCUGAUCAAAAUGAAGGAUGCUAGCGAGCAAACUGAUAUAUAUAGCUUUGGAAUAAUCUUGCUUGAGUUGAUAUCGGGAAAAGAACCAAUCAAUGAGAAUCCAACUCCGGAUGAUGAUUUUCAUUUACCAACUUACAUGAGAAAUGCAGUUCUUGAUAGAAGAAUUACAGAUUUAUACCAUCCAGGCAUACUUGUUAGCAAUCAAAGUGAUAACGAAAAACUUGUUACUGAGGAAUGUGUACUGAAGUUCUUUCAGCUUGCCAUGGCUUGCUGUUCGCCUUCGCCUUCUCUUAGACCGAACAUUAAGCAAGUUCUCUGGAAGCUUGAAGAAAUUGGAAGAUAAGAUCUUUUAUCUAUUUUGUGGAAAUAUGAGUUCUGAUGGUAGGCCAUUGUGGAGUUAAUUGCGGGCUAAAUUUCUUCAAUUUGAUUUUCUAAAAUGGUGUUUGAUGAUGGCAGCAGUGACGACAAUGACAGCAUAGACAUAUGUGGAGAGAGCACAAUGAUUCUUAUCUAGAAGCAAAAAAGUUUAAGAAUUUUGGCUACUUAACAAGAUUUGUGGAAACUGUGAUGUAUGCAUUAAUGCAGAAGCUUCCAACCAAAUCAAGCCAGGAUACUGAUUUCAAGCAAAGUUGCACAUUUGAAGUUUUGAACAAAAUCCAACAACAAUAGUGAAAUUGCGAUUGACAUUGUCGGAUUUUGGAAAAUCUUUAUUGCCAAAAGAAAGAGCAACAAAAGAUUGUGAAUCUUUUAUGGUCCCCAGCUUUGUUCUGUGAAGACAUAUAAGUUUAUUAGAAAAAUGCCAUUUUAUCAACAAGAGUGUCAGUAUUUCUCUUAGCUGCCUCAGCAAAUGUACCUCUAAACCCAAAACACAUAUGGGGUCGCAUCUUCAGCUAUUUGGAUUGGUAUAUGUUGUUUGCAAAACGGCCAAAAAGUCCGGCAUCUUCUUGACCUUGUAGUGAGGUACUUUUGCAUUUCUGGAAACUGGUGGUUAAUUUAUUCUCGGUGAUGCUUUUGCUUUUCGGUUUUGGCAUAGUAGUUACUAUUACCAGGUGAGGGACCUCAAUUGCUAAAUGUAUAUUGGAAAACUGUGUAGGAUAUUAAUUAUUUUAGUACCAAUUUUUCAUACUUUGGUUAUUUUAUCAAUUUAGAGCAUUUAAGAAUAUAAUUUUUAAAGGGGAAAGGCUUUCAUUUUGUCAA